CAGCGCACGUCGUCGAGGUGUGCGGUUGUGUCCCGGAUCAGUUCAAGUAGUUAGCUAAGGGAUUCGCCGGCGAUGAAUCGAAGAGGAUAGACCCUCGCAAGAGGCGCAAAUCAACGAUCCGAACUGAGCAGAGCCGCCAUGGAAGGAGACAAUGGAGCGCCGGCCUCUCCUUCGUCUUCCCCCUCCUCUUCCACUAGCACUGCGCCAUCGGUCACGGUGGAGGAGUGGAGGGGAUCGUCCUCUACCAAGCUCUCCCGCACCGCUAUCCUCACCGCCGAUCGCUCCCAUCUCACCCUCUACAGAUCGGGAAGCCGAUGGGACGAUCUGGGCAGGAAGAUUCUUGAGGCGUUCAUCCCGGAGGGAUUCCCAGGCAGUGUGACUCCCGAUUAUGUUCCUUUCCAAGUAUGGGACUCCUUGCAGGGACUCUCAACUUACAUACGCUCCAUGCUUUCUACCCAAGCUCUUUUGAGUGCUAUUGGUGUUGGUGAAAAAUCUGCUACGGUCAUUGGUGCCACUUUUCAGUGGUUUUUGAGGGACUUCACUGGGAUGCUUGGAGGUAUUUUGUUCACAUUCUAUCAGGGUUCUAACCUUGACAGCAGUGCAAAGAUGUGGCGUUUAGUUGCAGAUUUCAUGAACGAUCUUGGAAUGCUGAUGGAUCUUGUGUCUCCUCUGUGGCCAUCAGCCUUCAUUGUAAUAGUAUGCUUGGGGAGCUUGUCAAGAUCAUUCACUGGUGUUGCUGGCGGAGCAACUAGAGCAGCAUUAACUCAACAUUUCGCACUACAGAAUAACGCAGCAGAUAUUUCCGCAAAGGAAGGUAGUCAAGAAACAGUUGCAACAAUGGUUGGAAUGGCUCUGGGAAUGCUGCUAGCUCAUAUCACAAUGGGGAAUCCUGUGGCUAUAUGGCUUUCCUUUUUGUCUCUCACCAUGUUCCACAUAUAUGCAAACUACAAGGCUGUUAGUUGCCUUUCCUUAUCAACAUUGAACAGUGAAAGAAGCUCAAUUCUGCUGCAAUAUUACAUGCAGAACAGGACAGUGCUUUCUCCACAAGAGGUUUCAAGGAGGGAGCACAUAUUUCCUGUUUGGACCACCUGGCAAAGACCAGGUAACGCGAAGCCGCUGCACCACUGCAUUCACUUGGGUGUUAAAGCUUCGACUCUCAGCCAUUCCGAUAUGAUGGAGCUCUCAGGAACUGCAAGUUCCCACUACAAGAAAGUGAACUACUUAUUGAUGGAGAGGAAAGGAGUCAUCCGGGUCAUCAACCAUAAAGAGGCAACAUCAGCUGAUAUAUUGCGGUCCUUCUUCCAUGCUCUUAUCCUCGCAAACCUAACCGGCAAAGCUAAAUCUCUCCAUACAGAAAGCCGCCUUUGGAUGGAAGAACAUUAUCAUGAUUUCAUCGCAAAGUUGAAGUCAGCAGGGUGGGCAACAGAGCGUCUUCUAUCUGGUUCCAUCGUUUGGAGAGCUCAUUGGGCUCAAAGCCCCUCAGAGGAGAAGAUCAACUGAGGUACAAUGUCAUGUAUUAUUCAGACCUUCAAUUUAUAAAUAUGCUUGCAUAGGAAAAAUUAAUCUCUGGACUCUCCAAAAUAUUUCUUUUUGAUAAGACCACUGAAGCUUUUAUAUGUGUGUGUCAAUCAUCAAUCAAACAGUCAGUUCAAGAGUUUUAAGUUUC